GCUCAGUGUCUGCCCCAACAACAACCAGAUACAGAUGACAAGUUGAGGCUUGUCUGGUUUAAAGGGGCCAAUGGGCUGAACUUCCUCAGCCUGUUGAGCAGCAACAGUAGGACUGUUCUGAUCCAUGCUGGACUUCACUACAGUUUAUCAGUCGACCUGAAGGGACACACAGGAGGUUCUGACUGGAGGAGAACCUCAGUCUGACCGUGGAAACUGACCCUGAACCCCCACAGACUCAGGUGCUCAUUCCUGUUCUACCUCUCAUCCUGUGUUGAAGUCACCAUGACAACCACACCUCCGGGCACCAUGGGAAAGCUAAUGUUUGGCCCCCGUGACAGCCUGUCUGCUAUGUUUAGGACGUGUUCCAGAGAUCCAACUGAGGCCGUUAACACGAGACUGAGACGCAUGCACCACACAUUUAUGCAACACCACAGGAGCAAUGCAGGCAGUGAGAAGAACAAAACGUUGGUGAAGUGCUGCUGUGAGGCUGAGAGGUGGUACUACAAGAUCCUGGAGAACCUCCUAGAACAAGAGAGGAAAAGGCCUGACUUCAGGGGCUUCUCUGGUAUCUUGGAGAACGAGCUUUUCCACUGCUGCCUGGUGGUGUGUUGUCUGGAGAUCACCAUGUUCACAAACCACCUACCAUGUGACUUCACUCUGCUCCUUAACAUCUUCAACCUGACACCAUACAACUUCUGGAAGGUGAUAGAGCCGGUGUUGCGGGCUGGAGUGGUUCUGCCUCUCACUGUCGUUUCACAUCUUGGCAAAGUAGAAGAGAGAGUUGUUGAGGGCUUGGCCUGGAGUGGGGACUCUCCUCUGUGGCAGGAAACGAGAGCCAACGAGUGUCGUCUGCCCACCUGCCAACAGGUGAUGCCUCCUAAACAACUUGAAGAUCCAAGUGGAGCGACUCUGCAACCAGACCAGAACCUACCAGGAGCAGAAGUCAGUUUGGAGUCUUUAACAGUCGACAGACCCCAGACAAGCAGCACUCUCUACAUAUUCACUCGCAAGGUUUACAGUUUAAAGGCUGAACGUCUGAGGAAGAUGUGUUCUUUACUGGACGUCCCCGAUGAGCUGAGGCUGAAGAUCUGGACGUGCUUCGAGUACUCCCUGGUCCACUGCACUGACCUCAUGGUGGACCGCCACCUGGACCAGCUGCUGUUGUGUGCCCUCUACAUCAUGCCAAAGAUUACCAGGUUUGAGCUUCCCUUCAAGCAAAUACUGAACUGCUACAAGUCACUGCCAAACAUUAACAAAAGUGUCUGCAAGAAAGUGCUCAUUUCCAGUGGUGAUGCUGAAAAUGCUCCAACUGAAAACAACCAAAGUAGCAGUUUACCCACCCCAAACACACCGUCAACGCAUUAUCCUGGAACUCAUCAGGGAAACAGAGCAAAUCUUAUAGAUUUCUACAACCAGAUAUACUCAUCACGGAUGGAGAACUUUGCUAAGCAGUUUGAGUCGAAUGCUGCGACUCGAUUGCUGGGUGAUACUCCUCCAUUGUCUCCAUACCCGAAACAACACAUAGCAACUCCUCUCAGACAUCGACUUUCUGACAACCACAACAUCUAUCUUUCCAUGCACAACACUGAAACAACACCACCACCUGCGUCUGGACUCCUCUACAUCUUUAAUUCAAGCCCCUCAGAGCGUCUGCGUGAGAUAAAUAAUAUGAUCAGAUCCAGCUCGUUACUGAACAGACGAGGUUAUGCAGUAUCACUGGAUGAAGGCGAGGAGGAGGAUGGGGACGGCGGUCCUUCAGCCAAGAGGCCUCGUACAGACGGACAGUCGGCCUGGCAGAGGAAACUCAGGGAGGUCAUCAACGAUCGCAACCAGAGAAACAACCCAGACUAGGACCGGGAUUAGACAUUUCAGAAACAGAACCUAACCAGAACAUGUACAAAAUGAAUCUAAAAAACAUCUGACUUCAGACUUUUAUUGGUGAUGUAAAUAUGAACCUGAUUCACACUCACAGGGAUUGAUUUUACCAGCAGUAGAUGAGACUCUGUCGUCUGUUUAUUACAAUAUCUGACCCCAUCCUAUGGUUUUAUAAUCAUGACACAUUCUUUACUGGAAAACUAUACUGAGCUCUAUUAUAUUUUUCAGGACAGAGUCUGUGAAAUUUUAAUACAUUUGUCAUUAUCAUUACCCAUCUUUCAGCUUAAACUCCUAUUUCUAGUAAGUAAAACAUUUCCUUUUCACAUUCAGUCAGUAUAAGUAUAUGUCUAAUGAACACUGAUUAUUCAUUAAAUCAUGGAAUUACUCAAUAAAAUAUUAUCAGCUUCCAUUUUUGGCCUCAUUUGUUGCCUUUUACGACACAAACAGUUCAGGAAUGAACUUAACAACUACAAAUUUGAAGCUCUUGUACUUUCACAUAUUAACAUUUUAUGCAUUUCAUACUUCUACUCUCUUAUAUCUCAGAUGCAAAUAUUUUCAUCCGCUAUAUCUAUAUUUGAGAAACAGCUUUAGUUACUUUGCAGAUUACAAUUUUUCACCUUCUUCCAGGUCAGUGAAAACUGUAUAUUUCCAAAUGUGUUGGUUGUGACUGUCUGUAAUUAACA